AUGCUGAGGUUGCCCCGGCUGCUCCUGGCUCCAGGCAAGCGAACGAUAGACUUGAUCCUGCGCCACGAACCUCGGGGGAUCGUGAGAGAGCUCACCGUUCGAGUUCGCUUAUCGGGACCGCUGGGCCCUGGUCCAGUCAUCGUACCAGCGACAGAACAAGGUAACUGGUUCCGAGAAAUCCGGGGGCUUCCGCCCUACGACCCCGUGGCGGACGCGCAGUUCCCCAGUGUUCCCGCAGAUACCGAGACAGAGACGCAUCUGCCGAUCCAUCUGCGUUGCUCUAGCGGCAUCGGGCUGGUUCGCGUCUAUAUUCAAGAGUGUGACGCGGAUAUUGGUAUACCGGUCCAUAUUCCGCGUCCCGAUGCGGAGGUGACCCGAGGAAUCCCGUCGAUCGUGCCGUAUCCCGUCGAGCUGAAACACGUGGAACGCACCGCCACCGCCACGACCCGCGAGGACUUUGACGGUGAGGCUUUCACGACUGUCCACCUGCCCCCCGAGGAAGAACACUCAUGA